CGCUUUAAUAGUAAUUAUUGUCGCAAAAUGGCACCAACAGGUCCGAGUACUGAUACUGGUGGUGUAAAACCCGUUAGUAUUGAAGGUCGUUUUUCCCAUGAAAGACAACGGUUGUCAGGUGAAUAUACUGAUGCAGAUAGAGAAUGGCGCAAGAAAUGGUUAAAAGAUCAAGAACUUUCGCCUAAUGAACCCCGACGUGUUCCUGAGUUGGAAAGAGAGCUGAGGAAUCCUAUAAGGCGGUUUUAUUCCAAGCCAUGGAAUGCCCUCGAGUCGAUUCUUGCACCAGCAAUCGGACCUUCAAAAGCAUGGUUUAUACGUUUCUGGCUUCCAAAAUCCUUGAUGGCUCUCACCACUAUUUAUGCUGGGUACUACUACCUGAAGUACAAUUCAAAUGAUUGGACAAAGCAUGGAAGUGUGUAUUACUAUUCCACACGCAGAGCUGUUGUCCCUGGAGACUCUGAAUAUCCUCAAGCACGAACAAGAACAGAACCAGCAGAUUAUGCUGACCGUGGUUUCAAAGCUAGAAAAGUCUUCAGAGAUAUUUAAAAGCUUAGUUGUUUUAGUAUAGUUUGUAUGGAUAAUUAUAUGCUACAAUAAUUAGUAACUAUAAGUUUAUAAAAGUUAGUAUCAUGUACUGUAGCAGAAGUUCAUUACGUUGUAUUGUAACACACAUACAAAUCUGAGUGUUACUUUAGAUGUAAUAAAAGUAUCUGUAAACUGUUCAUAAAUUA